UCUGAUAACCAGGGCUUGAAAUUUAAAUUUACUUGAGUUGGAUCAACUUAAUUUACAACUGAAAAAUGUGUUGUACCAACGCUAUUCAUUUAUGUUAACAGUAUUAAAUUAUGUUGGACGCAGCAAUAGUAAAUAAGUUAAAUGAACCUAAUAAAAUUAAUUUGACUGAACCUAAAAACAUUAAGUUGGGCCAACAAAAUUGCUUAAUGCUGAAAGAAAGCCAUUAAAUCAGGUGGAAAUUCUUUCUAUAAUUUAAUUAUGUUCAUUCAACAAGUUAUUUUUUUGAGUGUGGAAAGAUUAAACUCCUUUUUGUUUCUGACACUUCAGUUUAUUUUGUCACAGAGAAAUGCCUAUCUGACUUCCUUGUUGAUGUGGGAAUUUAUUUCCUGAAUGUGGACCAUCAACUCAUUUUUAAAAAUGAUGUCUGAUGUAACCAGAUGCAUCAAGGAGGAGAUAACUUCUGUCUUGCCAAGUUUACCAAAGAAUACACUUCAUUUGCUUGUAGAAAAGGUGUUAAACAAGGGAGUAGAAACCAAAGAAGACUUGCAGUAUGUGAAAGAAAAGGACGUCGCAGAAUUAAUUCGGCCGAUACAGUGUAGAAAACUUCUGAAAGCAUGGAGUGCGCAUGGGACAGAAAUUUGCUCUGCACCUCAGUCCUCAGUAUGCAGUUUACCUCUCCCAAGUUCAAGUUCCAGUAGUUCCUUGUCUUCUCCCUUAUGUUUACCAAGUCCAACAUUAAAAAAGAACUGGCCUGCAACGUUUGCGAUCCCAUGGGACAAAAUGCCACCUGGAAUUACUGCUGCUGCAGACAGUGGGAAGAGGCUUUCACCAGCAGAUAGGAGGCAAAUGGUUUGUGUCCUUGUUGAUGAGAUGAGGAAGUUUGAAGCCAACCCAAUGAAGUCACAGUGUCUUAUAAUUGCCGAAAGGGUAGUCAGGCAAUUUCCACAAUCCUUUGCUAAUAUGAUAGAAGAUCGAAUAAUCGGGGGAGGAUAUUCCUCACUUCUGACUCAAAUAAAAGUUCGGGUAGAACAUCUUAACAGAAACAACACACUAGCACGACUGAGAUCUAAUAAAUGUAGUACUGGGGCAAAGCAAAAGACAGGUCCUGCAGACAGCUAUGGCUGUACACAGUGGCAGCCAGACUUCCCACCUGAAGUGACAGAAACUACGUUGGAUAUGAAAAAGCAGAGUCAUGGAGUUCUACUCAUGUGAAGGCUUGUCCGAAAUUGAAAGAGCAGAAGUACAACAUCUCAUGGUAGAAACAUACUACUUACAACGCAAGAUGAUAAAUACAAUGCCAGCACACUCCCUUGAGUAUAUAAAGUCUCAUUGACCUUACUUGUUUAUCCCAAGGAGUAUGUGCAUUCACUUUGAAACUUUAACUGAUAUUAAUGUUCUCAGGUGACAAGAAGCAUCUUUUAAAGAAUAUAGUAAAAUUAUCAUGAAAUUCUUUAGGUAAAAACCCACCAAUGAAUCAGUUAAAUCGAUUCUGAUAAGAAGCAAAACAUGUGUUACAGCUCCCUAUGUUCUACAAAUCCUGAUGGUUCACUUUAAAGAGCAGAAUGAAGCUCUUCUGCUCCAAGCAGAUGUAGCCGCCUCUGCAGCUGAUGUUGAAAGGUCCCUAACAUUGCCUGACAGCCCUCGGUUGAUUGUUCUAGGUAUGCAUGGAUAGAUACAGUUUAUACACUGAUCAGCCAUAACAUUAUGACCACCUAAUUAAUAUAGUGUAGGAACCCCUGUUGACACCAAAACAACUCUGACCCAAUCUGAACUUUCUUACUGCAGGCCCAGUGGAAGAGACAAAUCACUGGUUGGUGUCUAUAGAGGGCCAUGUAGUAACUGGGUCUUGCAACGCCACACUGUUUGCCAGCUUUUAUAACUUCUCUAGUGUUCUCUAGUGGAGUUUGGUGUUCCACAGGGUUCAGUUUUAGGCCCACUGCUUUUUUCCCUUUACAUGCUUCCUCUGGGCAACAUAAUCCGUAAGCAUGGUAUUAGUUUUCAUUGUUAUGCUGACGAUACACAGUUAUAUGUCUCAGCAAAACCUGAUGAGAUAAACCAGCUUACUAAAGUUGAGCAAUGUGUGCAGGACAUAAGAAAUUGGAUGCUAAUUAACUUCCUUCUGCUUAAUCCAGAUAAGACAGAAGUUCUAGUCAUAGGACCGCAUACAGCUAGGAGUAAGAUUCUAGAUCACUCUGUAACUUUAGAUGGCCUUUCUGUUCCAUCAAGUGCAACAGUAAAAGACCUCGGUGUGAUUAUAGAUUCCACCCUUUCAUUUGAAGCUCAUGUAGAUAAUAUUACCAGGAUAGCAUUCUUUCACCUCAGAAAUUUUGCCAAUGUAGUGGGUUUAGGUGAGUGACAGCAGUGGUGAUCAGAGCGAAGCACCUCCCUGUCUAAAGAGUGAUUGGCUGCUGCCUGGGUUGCGUCACGCCCGGUUUCCUCUUUGUUGUCCUUGUUUGUAGAGGCGGCAGGUAAGCACGUUGUUUAAACAUGGCUGUUGGAACCUGGGGUCCGUUCUUCGUACGUCGCUUGACACAUCUAAGAUGAGAUCAUCGUGCUAAUUACGAUCUGGCUAAGUUGUUUCUUCGAGCACACCUGUUGUUGAUGAUUAGUAUAGCUGGAAUGAGUUGUCUAGGAUUAUUGUGCGUUCGUGCAUUGGUUUAAUGGGUGAUAUGCAUCGACAGUAGAAACACUGAUCACAACCCCUUUUAUUGGUUAAUAAAAUGGCAAAAGAGCGGCUCAACUUUUUUUUUAACACGUGUUAUGCGCUGAAAUGCUCCC